ACCUUUGAUAGCGACCACCCAACUUAGCAUAGCACAACCGUCUUUAGCUUACUUGGUGCAACUAUUUACUGUGCAGAUUCGCAUGCUGCUUGUGGAGGUUCUUAUCCAGAGAAUAUUUGUUGCAUCUGCAUGUAUGACUUGCCUAUUUGCACAUUACUUCUUGAUCCUUAGUCUAUCUAGGUACACCCGAAAAUCCGAGUCUUUCUGACGGGCCAUGCUGAACCAGCUGCCCCUGCCAGUCCGUUGAGCCUAGCGCAUACCGGGGGUUCCAAAGAUACAAAGCCGUUCGGGUGGUUGCAGAAAUCAUCUCCAACGACUUGAGAGAAUAAAGGCACGGACUACAGAUGUGACAUGGACUAGCUCUAGACAAUCAACCAAACUAAGAUAGUCUAGGUCUAAGACUUGAGCACAGAUCUAGCCUCAGUCUGGUACUAGAAACCCGCUCAAAGGUGUUGGACAAAAAACAAAUAUAUCCUUUGGAGAGGCACGACGACAGCCCACAAAAUAUUUUGGGACGAUUAAGCAGCCACACAGCCGUCAGCGCAUGGUUAGCUGGCAUCAAACUCACAGGCAACACUAGACUGUCUACAUCUCAUGAUCCCCUGUUAGCACUCGUGUGCUCGGACGGAUCUCAUAUGAGAGGACUGAUUUCUUCUGAACCGAUCGCAGUGUAGAGUAUUAGCCCACCGACAAGGGGUAGCAAGCCCCAGUAGACUUUAAGGCCCCCGGCUUGCCUCUUGUCCCACCGCUCCGUUGCGCCAUGUUCUCAAAAGACAGAAACGGGAUUUCAGCGGCCUUCAUGGCUGCCGAUCGUGGCGAUAGUGCAGAACAUCAGUCCGGUCCGCCGGAUGAGCUCACACAGGAUUGCAAACUCGUCAGCAAGAUCCCUAGAAUUCUGCCCCAUGAGCGCGUCUUCCCUAUCCAGAUUGGCUCCAAAUUGUUCAAGCUCUCUGGCGCAUCGCUAUCAUCAGACGCUCCGUCGUAUUUCUCUCAAUAUUUUCAAUGCCAAAUAAAGACGGCAGAAGAAAAUGGAGACGACACUUGCUCGUCCAUUCGUACCCUGUACAUUGAUCGGGAUCCUAUGACGUUUCAGGACAUUGCUCUGCAUCUACAAGGCUAUCACGUCCAUCCUAGGGAUGGUACACACUUUGUACGGCUAUUUGCUGAUGCCCAGUUCUACUCUCUCCCCAAGUUGAUAUCACAGCUUUAUGAAGAGUCUAUCUUUAUGUCCAUCGGCCAUCGGGAGUUCCAAAUCCCUCGCGAUCUUUUCAAAGACCCGGGGAACUCUCCCAACUUCUUCACACUGGGCUUCGCUAUCUUCUUCUCAUCCCCGGACGACCUUUUCCCGGGCCUGGACCGCAGAGACCUAAUCCGCCCGCCCUCAAUUAUGCCCCCCUCUGUCCCUCACCGCUCUGCGGAUACCUUUGAAGAGAUCCUCCACUUGUUACGUGGCAACCCCGUUAAUGUCCGUGACGAGACGCACCGACAGACUCUUCUCCGUGAUGUGAGGUACUUCAACUUUAAGGGACUCGAGCAGCGUCUCAUCUCCCACUGCACCUCAUAUAAUCAGCUCCGAGCCCGCCACCAAAUCCUACUCCGCAUCGAAGACAUCUACAAAUCCGGCAUCAGCGUCUUCCCGGAACAACCAUCUGCCGUAGAAGCUGCUCCGUCUCAUGGCUGGGUGAAUUAUGCGCGUCCGUACCUGUCCGACAAGCCCGCCGAGCUGGUCCUGCAGAUCGGGGGUAACACCUCGCGGGUGGGACCGCUGGAACCCAUCAUACGGGACGACUUUGCCUCCUCACCCGGUUCCACGAUCUUCACGGCACAGUUGGAGUUCUUCCUCGACGUCAAGAAACGGGUUGCUCGCCUCUUUGAUGUUGUGGGCUCACUCCUCAAGGUCUCGGUGGUACAGGCGGAUCAACUCGUUGCUCUCAUCGACAGGAAUACAGCGAUAACGUUAGACGGAAAGGACUUCACAGGCCACCUGGAUGGUGACGACCAGGCGGACGAAGACGUUGACAUGAUGGCGGCGGGCACCGAUUUGCCACCACGCAAGAGGAGAAGGACAGUCGAUUCUCGGCAGCGGCCCGGAGUCGAGACUUCUGGCUGGGUAAUCCGGACCGGGCAAUGGCGGUUGCGGACGCGCUGUUUGCACGGCACGCUCGAGUGUCUAUUCGUUGCGGUCAAGCUAGAAGCAUUUUCAUCAGAGCACUCGAGUAACGCCAUGGCGGAAUUUCUUUGAUUGUGCAUUUAUUUCAUGUGGGAUCAAGGCCCCUGUUGAGACUCUCAACUCGAACUGCAUAGGUCAUUACUUUGUUAGGAUACCUGUUUGUUUGGCAUUUGGAAAGAGGUUGGGCGAAUUACUACCUAUUUAUUUGUUGGGCAUAUUCAGCGCCCCAGGAGAGAUGUGGGACGCAGGUAUACGAACACUAAUUUCACGAUGCAUAUCACGGUAUCAUAUCGUAUCGGAAGCCAAUUUAAACAUAUUCC